GUCACGUUUGUGUGUCAAUCCAGCUGGAUCGUUAGAUUUGCAUUCUUGACAAGGUACUCAUUGAGCCUAUUUCUCCAAAACCAACCAUGAAAGGACGAGUCAUUAUUUUCUCCAUCACCGGCUGUCCGUUCUGUAUGAGAGCAAAGGACAAAAUGCAGAAACUUGGCAUCGAAUACAUGGACAUCAAUUUGGAUACUUACCCAGAGCGACGAGCAGAGGCGAAGGAAAGAACCGGAAAGAACACUGUGCCGCAAAUAUUUUUCAACAAUAUACAUGUCGGUGGAUUCGACGACUUUGAUAAAUUGGUAAGAAUAAACAUAUUUUCCUUCUUUGUUUUUGUAAAGUUUCAAGAUCGCCUUAUCCAACAUGUGUAGGCUUCCAAGCAUGUCAACCCGGAAAAAAGAAAAGUUAAAGCUUUACUUCUCAGUUAAUUAUUAUUUUAGCAACUGUUCCCUCAUGUUACCUUUGGGUAACAAUCACAUUAAAAAAUUCAAGUCUUUUCAGAGCAAUGUUACUGACUGUCGACCAUUGUGAAACAAAAUUUACGUGCGAGUAACUAGUCAAAAUAAACAUGAGAUAGAACACAGUACAACAGUCUCUAUUAUUGCAUAUUGCUUGUCUGUAGUGCGGCACAUUGUUAUUGGUAAAAUGUUCAUUUUACUUUUAGGCAUAUCUUAAGAAAAUAGCCCAAUAUCUUCCCUUUUAUGAUGUCUUCCGUUACAUCAACGCAAAUAUGUUGACUACAGCUCUACGUGUUAUUUGUCAUGUCAUGGUGACACUGCAUAGAUAUUAUCAUCUCUGUAAAUAACAAAAUGUAUAUAUGGACAAUAAUUAACGCAUGGAAACAUCACAAUCAAAACAAAGAGUGACUCUAAAAACAUAACUGAACAUGGACAGCUGUGAAUUUCAUUGUUUUCACUGUUUGUUUAGUUUUAACAUCAGGAUCUGAGUUAAACUGCUCUUUCUAACACUCCAAAAAUUCAGAUGAUUUGAUUAACCCUAUACAUCCUUACAUCAGUAUGCAUAUUCUCCAUACUGUUCUACAUACCUUAAUACAUGACCUUAAUGUGUGAUUCAGGGGUCAGAUACUGUAAGGAGAAAGUAGGAAGUUAAAGGCUAAACAAUUGUAUUCCCACUGCUGCAAUCAUAAAGUUCUAUGCAGUUAUGAAAACUUCCAUUGUUUACAGUUAAUACAAUCAACAUUUUAGAGCUGAACUAGGAUCAAAAGAAUGGAACUAAUGGUGUAGUAAAUUUUAGUAAUGACAAUAAAAAUGAUACCGUCUAAUCAACUUCAUCACCUGACUGCACAUCAUCACAGUUCCUAGUUUUAUCAUAAGUCUUGGCCAGGGUAUCCAUACAUGAACAUUGGGUUAUGAAUUUCAAUCUGCAUACUUUAUUCAUCUUUUAUGGGCAAGUGAUGUUUUGUUAGAUGAAGAUUCUAUUUGUAACUUUUAAUUUUUUUUCUUGAUUUUGAUUCAUUAUUGAUAAUAACUUUCUCAGACUGAGGCUGAGCUUCAAGAGUUGAUUAAUGAAGUAGAAGAGAAUCCCGCUCCAGCAGAUGCUCCCCAACCACCAGCCCCCAAGUCAGAUGCAGCCAGUAGUGGUAAAUCUCACCGUUAUGUUUGUUAAAUGAAAAAGAUUCUUGAAGGGAAAGGGGGGUUAAUGAGUACUUCCUUUAACCCUUUAAUAAGACAAGAGUGACCAAGGUAGAUUUCUUCUUACAAUGCCAAUACAAUAUCAAGCAGAAAAGUGAUGAGAAUGAAGAAACAUAUCAGUUAAGGGAGUUGAUCCAAUUCCAAAUUUUCCAAACCAACAUCAUGAUUAUCAAUCAUAUGAUAGACAGUAUGGAGAAUUACAACUGAGAUCUUGGGAAUUGAAAGGGUUCAUCAAGAUGCUAAAAAAUAUGGACCAUUUUUUCUAGAUAGGAGUUAACCUUUUAACUCCCAAGAUCUCAUUAGCAAUUCUCCUUACUGUCUGCCACACAGUUCUUGUGAUGUUAGUUUGAAGAAUUUGGUAUAGGAUCAACUAAUAAUCCCCUGAUUAAUAUUAGUCUUUAUUCUCAUUACUCGUCUGCUUGGUAUUGCAUCGAUAUUGGGAGGAGAAAUUGUGUCUUGGUCACUCAUGGGAGUUAAAGGGUCAAAGGGAUAUCAGCUUUUUGAUCAAUUGGUAUGCAGUAGAACUGAUGUCAACAAUUGAUAAUGACAGUUUGGAAUGCUAAGUUAUGCACUGAAUAUCAAGCCUUUGCAAAAGUGUACCAUGGGAGAUACAAAACAGUUUCAUUUGAUCAUUGUUGUUCAAGUUGAACCCCUGUUGAGAGCCAAAUAGAGAGAAAAUUAAAUGAAAUUAUUCCAAUACUCAACAAAAGAGAGCAAAUCUUCUCUUAAUAUUUUUUUCACUGGUUGUAUUUGCAAGGUGAAAUUCAAAUAAUCAUCCUCAUUAGAAACCGAAAAAGGUGUCCUUGGUUGCAGUCAUGGUAUGGUGGGAAUAAUGAUGUUUCAGUGAAAGGAAGCUUGUAGGGAAGGAGAUGGUCUUAAGGCAACUAUUCACUUUAAAUAAAAGUGUUAAUGUUGGACUAGAUAACUAGCAAUCCCUUUUUUUUCCAAGUGCUGAUUUUUAGGACUCACGUGACAAACUGUGCUGAAAAGGAAGGAUUUCUCUUAGUCUAAGGUUGAACUGUCCAGUAGAGCUUCUCUUUUCAACAUUUUACCAAAGGAGUACACCCUCAACCAUUUUGUCUUCAAUAUACUCUUAUUGGAUAACAUCUCUUAUUGGAUAACAUUAUGUGAUAUGAAAUCAAUAUAUUAACUUUAAUCUGUGUGUUUGCUAUUUGCAGCAACCACAAGGGAGGCAAUUGAUUUCACUUGUGAGCUGGAUGAAUAUGCUCAGCUUGUCCAAGAAUUUAAAGAAAGUGGUCUUAUAAAGGAUCGCCGCAAGGGUCUCAUUCACAAUUACAAAAACUCCUUUGUUGGCAAGGAAGCUGUGGACUGGCUUGUGAAGACAAAGAAAAUAGGCAAGUAGUAUUAUAAUCAUUGCAUGUUACUUGACAGAAAACUCAAUGCAGUAGGAGACACAGUCACAGUGGGGAUAAUGCUGGAGUAAGGGGUUAUUGGGCUAAAGCUCUGGCAAAGGUCAUUCUGUUGUGUUCUUGGACAGGAUACUUAACCCUUUUACCUCUAAGAGUGACUAACAUCUAAUUUUUUUACCCGCCAUAUCACCCCUGAAUCACAAAUUAAGGCCAAGAGAGUAGAGGAAAUGAUCACCAAAUUAAGAACCUCUUGAUUGUCAGACAAGUUCUACAUGUCCAUAGGAAAUGUAUAGAGAACAGUAUAGAUAACAGUAUAGAUAAUACUUUAUGCAUGCUGUUGUUGGGGUGUGGAGGGUUACCUGUCAAAGGGUCUCUGCCUAGGAGUAGAAAUGGGUACCUGUGAUCUGUUAGAGAAACUUGACAAAUUGCUGGGGAGUAGCUGCAAUCAAAGGAUUAGCAUCCCUAGUGAGAGGAAAAGCAGUACUCCUAAUUGCACUAUGUUAUGGAGACUUGAGCAAGCUGCAGACAUGAUAAUGGCCACUGAACUUGUUUGUGAUUUUUGAAAAGAUCCUAAUGGUUGUUGAGUGCAUGUGAUUUCUGCAAAUUUUUCUAACAAGACUUUUGAUGUGCUAAUUGGGUGUUUAGAGCUUGUAAUACACAGAAAUAGUAAGAAAAUAUACUUAUAUAUAUAUACUGAUCUAAGCACAUGAAAGCUAGCUGUCCUUAAAUAACUUUUCCCAAAUUUUUGGUUUAGAUUAUACAGGCUUCUAUUUUUAUCAAUGAAAUGUUUAAUUUUUGCAGGAAAUGAUAUUAUUUUGCAUUUUAUGAUUAACACUUUUACGAAGCUUGCAUAAUUGCAAUAAGUUUGAAUGCACUCAACAUUUUAACAUCCUGAUGUUAAGGGUGGAGCAAAAUCCUUGAUUGUCCAAAGUGACGGAAGUGUUCAUUGUUGUACAAUUCAUUUUUUGAAAUACACGCGCAACAGAAUGUUAGUGAUAGUACCUCUCAAGGGUAAAAAUGAUAUCAAACACACUCAAAAAUAAACAUUCUGGUACUUCAUCAAAGAAGUUUCUUGUUCACUUUUAGGUGAAAGUCCAUGCACUUCUAAUUUCCAGAUAAAUACUGUUGAUUAGAUCUUGCGUUAUCUUUGAACAUUUCCUUUUUCAGGAAGAGAGAAAGCUGUAGAGAUGUGUCGUGAGCUUGUUGAGCGCAACUUUGGACAUGGUGUCGAAAAAGGAAAGCACACGGAGUUUAAGGACGAUAACAGCAUUUAUCGCCUCCUUGAAGAUGAUGAAUCGACCGCACUGAACUCUGGGAUGAGUUCUGUUUGUGAGCCACGCCCAGCUCCUGAGGUCGCUGAAGAACUACGGCGCUUGAUUCUUACCUUGUAUAGCAAGUAUUUGUCCAAGGAUGGAAAGGUAACUUAGAAAUAAAUGUCACCAUUGAAGGGCUCAUUUAACUCAUUUGCGCCCACUAAGUGUAAACGCGUACUUCAUUGAGUAGAGAAUAACUGUGAGAGUUUAUCCUCUGUACCGACUCUUGAAUCCGCCACGAAGACAAGUGCACAAAUUUCUGUGUUUACUCUAAAACUGUGCAAAGCUCUCAUAUUCAAAGCAAAGAGACAAACAGACAAGCAGACAAGCAGACAGACAAUUGAAUAAAGGGGGUAGGUUUCCAAAGAAACUGUGGUGCUGUGUCGGCUUUGUUUUGAUCAACUGAGUUGUCAACGUAAAUUGGCCUCGGUAAAGAGUUUCUAAAGCUGAUAUUUCGAGCGUUAGUCUUUAGUCAGAGCGAAUAGAAAGGAUAGACAGACAGAAAGACAACGGAAAGACUGACAGACAGGCAGACAUACAGAAAGACAGACGGGCGGACAGACAGACAGACUGAUACAAACCGCGAAUGUAGAGUUAAAGCGUCUAAUUAUAAUACGUGAAGAUGGAGGUUCUUAGAACCCGCCCAACCUCUUUGAGGUUGAUUUCGCUCUGCGUUGGCAUUACUCUGAUAAUCAUUCAGUACAGACCGAACACUUACUAUACAAUUACAAGAAAUUUUUCUAAUGUUAAACAGGGAGUGGACUAUGAGUCCAUGGAAAAGAGCACAGAAUUCAAGGGUUAUGUUAAGCAUACAGCUGAACUUCAACGUGUUAAAUUGGAUGGAAUGUCUAGAGAGGAAACUCUUGCUUUCUUCAUUAAUGUAUACAACGCUUUGGUGAUUCACGCUAACGUAGUCAGAGGACCACCCGUCAACCUGUGGCAGAGAUAUAAGGUAUUAAAUGGAAUAAUUUUUUUUUGCCUUUAAGCCAAAAGAAUUUCGGUAGUAGAACCUUUACAUUAGCUAAGCAAGCUCCCUUUAAAAUCAAAUGAUAAAUUUUAUUGCAGUUUUUCAACACCGUAAACUACAUCAUUGGUGGUCACUCGUUUGGCCUGAACCAGAUUGAGAAUGGCAUCCUUCGUUCAAAUCGCAAAGCUAUUGGUGCCGUGACCAAGCCUUUCUCGAAGAGUGACCCUCGACUGAGAGUUGCGUUACCUGCUCCAGAGCCGAAGGUUCAUUUUGCUCUGGUGUGUGGAGCCAAAAGUUGUCCACCGAUAAAGACUUAUACCGCGGCGGUAAGUUUCAACUUCAUUUUGACAUGGUCUUAUCUCUCAUGUAAGCCUUUGACCUAUAAGAGUGACUAACAUCUAUUUCUCCUCACAAUAUCACUCACGAAUCACACAUUAAGAUCCCGAUAAUGAAGGAAAUGAUCACCAACAAAACAGUUUCUUGAUUGUUAAAGAAGUUCUCCUUGUCAGCACCUUAGGAAACAUAGCAAGUCUUGAGUGUUGCGAUGCAGUGGUCACGUAAUCUGAGUUCUUAGACCAUGGACUCUAAUUGAAAUAUUGUAUUAAAAAAGCAGUUUUUCCUUAAAGGGUUUGUAGUAGAUUUUUAUAUUUUUCCCUGGCUUGGUAUUACAGACAUGAUAGUGACCUUUCUACUUGAACAGUGGACGUAGUUACUGUUGGCCCACUCAUAACCAACGUGCAAUAUUGGAAUUAUUGUCAAAUAUAGGAAUUUUCAAUUGAUUAUCGAAAGUAAUCCGAGAUUGCAUUGGUUUCGCUUUACUACUUUCUGUGAUUAAUAAUGGUAAUAGGACUGAGUGGAGUCCAAUUCUGUCUGUAAUCAUGCGAGCGAUAAACAAAAUCAGACGACUGCAAAGCAGGAGUCCGAUUUGUCAAUCACGAGUAUGAUUACAGACAGAAUUGGACGACACGAAGUCCUGUUACCAAUUAAUCAUAACCGUAAAAAUUUUCGUAAAAAACAAAUACAUCUAGGACAAAAAUCUCCUGUAGAGAAAACGGUUAAAGAACAAAAUUCCUCCAUAUCGGAAAUUCUUCAUUUUUUUUCAGCAUGAGUGGUUGUUGCUAUGGUUAUUUUGCUCCACCCUUAACGACACUCAAUCGAAAGAACGUUUAUUCAGGCAUCACUGGAAAAUUUUAUUAUCAAAAGCACCUAGUUCUUCUUCGAAAAUGUUGUUGAAUUAAGUGUAUUUUAAUUUUGCAGGGAAUAGACGAGGAGUUAUCCCUCGCAGCUGAGUCUUUCCUAGAAGGAGAGGAUGGCUGCGUUCUUAACAUGCCGAAAAGAGAGGUAAGACUCAAUAUGAGCUCACUUGUGUUUAUCUUGAGCUGGAUUCUCAUCCACUGGAGACCACUCGGUGACAAAGUUUAUUUAUCCGAAAACGGCGGGUUCAAACCACGGAAUAGGAGAAAUUGGUAUGAAAAUUCGUGAGUUGUGUCCAAAUGUUUUAUUCUAACAACUAAAAGGAGAAAACCGGCUCUCGUGUCAAAAUAGAUAAUAUCGAAAGGUAUCGAUCGUUCGCCGUGUUUUGAUUCUACAAUUCGUCAAGUAAGUGUUGGCUUAAAACAGUCGCACAUUUAUCACUUGAAUUUUUCCUCGCCCCAGUUUCCUUUCUUUUCCCUUAAGUUCUCAUCGGGUGCUUUUGCUAUCCAUCUUUGUUCUGACUGGCCGUUUUGAUUACUUUGGUUUGGUUUUUCGACACUUAAGGAAAUGUGCUCUUGGAAUCUACUUAUAAAGACAUUUUUUUUUUUGAACGAAACAAAUCCCAAGUUUUAUGGUUCUUAUAAUGUGUUUUUACUUUUAUAAAUUGCUUUGCUCAAUGCUCUAAACUUUGUUUGAGAAGGAUUUCAAUGUGAGUAAAUGUAAUCUCGAAAGAAGCAUCUGAAACAGAAAGAUGUGUCGCGAUCUUGAGUUGAAAUUGGCUUCAAUAUGAUACAUUAUUUUAUCUUUAGAUUUGCCUAAGCAAGAUUUUUCAGUGGUACAGGGUAGAUUUUGGCUCCAACAACGAAGAGGUAAAUAUUAUUAGAAUUAUUCCAAUCACAUUCGGAAAUGGAGAAGGGUAAGACUGAUGAACUCUUUGAACCUUUCAACUGAACGAAUAACACUGAACAAACGGAAAAAAAAGCAGUGGAAUUAACACACGAACAAACGAAAGCUCGUACGAAUGAACGAAAGCUCGUACGAACGAAGAAAGCUCGUACGAACGAACGAAUACAACAACGAAUGGACGAACGAACGAACAAGCAGUGAAAGGAACAAACUUUGGAAUGAAAAAACGAACGAACAAGCAAUGAAUGAACGAACGAGCGAAAUGACGGACGAACGUAUAUGAACAACGAACGGACGAUUGAACGAACGAAUGAACGACUGGAAGUACGAACGAAAAAACGAACGACAGAACUAAUGAACGGAGGAACGAUAGAACGCACGAAAGAAUGAGAAAAUAAACGAACGACCGAACUUAUGAACGGAGGAACGAUAGAGCGUACGAAAGAACGAGAAAACGAACGAACGACCGAACUUAUGAACGGAGGAACGAUAGAGCGUACGAAUGAUCGAAAAAAUACGAACGAACGACAGGAUGCAAGAACAAACGGACUAACUAAGGCACGAACGAAUUAACGACCAACCGAGCGAACGACGAACAGCGAAAGAACGAACGAACGAAUGAAGGAACAAGCGAAAGAAGGAACAAGUGAAUGAGCAAACCAAAGAGUGCCUACUUGAAACGUUAUAUUUCACGCCAAUAUCCCUAGCCUUGAUAAAAAGUGAUUGUCCUAACAACAGUUUCAGAUGUCUGGUUCCCCUUGUCCUUAGGUGUAUCUUAUACUGUUUUGUUUCCGUCUGACUUUUUUUUAGCUGGUUCAGUUUGUUCUGGCACACAUGGGACAGGGUCAGAAGAAGGAUCAGCUGCAGGAAUUACUGAUUAGUGGCAACUUUAAAGUCUCUUUCAUGAGAUACAACUGGGAUUUGAAUUCCAAACACUAAAACCUAAAGUAUCAACCCGCUAAUGUGUUAAUUAUAGGAAUUAAACUGUAGUACGAAACAAUCAGUUCAGAGUGCACCCCCUGAAAGGCUUCAAUUAUCUUACAAUAUCUUCUCUCAACCCAUUCCAUUCCACGUCUCUUCUGUCUUUGGAGAUCCCAGGAGGAUUUAGAAAUAGCCAGUGGUGUGUAGUGAAUCUUACACACAUGAAUACAUCGCGUUAUCUAUUAAUUUUUUUUCCAAAAUAAUCAAGUAACACAUACAGUACAUGGAAAAUCAUAUUGGAUGACCACACACCUUGAGUCUAAAAAUAACUUAACCAGGAAUGGGGUUGUUAUGUGGAUAUCAGUCUCUUAGCUUAUUUUCUCUUGACUGCAAAUCAGCAAUUUAUGGCAAGUUAAUUAGAAUAUCUACGUUUCUGACAAUGGUAGCUUGUAUGUUGACCUUUAAUGAUAAGUUAAUCCAAAGCAUCCCCUCCAACAGUGAAUUACAAUUUUAAAGUUCUGUAGUUGCAAGCAGGUCUGUUGAGGUUAGAAAUAGGUUUACCUAUGUAAUUGUUAUUGGUAUUUAAUUCUAAAAUAUUCAAGUUGUAGAUUUUUGUAAUGAUCAAGGUGCAUCUUGUAACAGGGAUUUAUGUAAACACAAUAGUAUGCUAUUUAAAUGUACAAGUCCUAUAAUGGAUAAUGGGUAAUUGGCUUUCCAUGUCAGAGGCACAAAUUUUGUCCCCUGUCCUAAGGGGAAUUUACAACUGGAGUACUGUUUUUCUGAAAGUUUUGGUUAGCUACCAACAUGAACAAGGUGGGUCCUUUUAAGUUCCAUGACUUUUUUUAGUUUUUUGGGAUCUAGAUAAUAAAUUUACUACUUUUUUUAUUGUAUUUAACACAACACAAGCUGUGGUUCCUAUUUAUUUAUACUUUCAGUUGACAAAUUAAACAAUGAAAAAAUGGUAUUUAGUCAAUGGUGUUUCACUUUAAAAAAAAUUCUGUGCAACAAGUUCCUGUUCAGAAAAUAAGCAUUGGAAUUCUUCCAUCCACGAGGGGAGGAACAAAGAGAAAUCGAGCUUGUCUUACAAGUUAUUUCUCUGACAUCUCAGGGGAGAUAGAUCCUGGGUAUACUAUUUGUGUUGUGAGAAUUCUAAUAAAAGUAUGAAGUACACACUUUAUUACUGAAAAUGUAUUAAGAGUUGUUGUAAAGUUUUUCUCAAGUAGCUUCUACCUCACUUCAAUGAAAGUUGUGAUAAUUUUUUUAUGAUGUAUUUUUACACAUCAUUUCAAGUUCCAUCAUUGAUUAAAAUAGACAUUCCUUAUAAUGCAUCUUUUGGUAAGUAAACUUGCAUUCUGAGUUUGAGUAGAAAGUUAAAAGCAGUAUAAAAUCUCAUCUGAUGAUGUGGAAUCCUUGAAAGCACUAAGAGCACACCAAUUUUGUAGAAAAGCUGUUAAUGAGAUUUGUUAUAUCGUUUUGAAACCUUAUCAUGAACCAACUAUGGAGAGUAAACCUUUAAAUUUUUGUAACCAGUACCAGAAGUGUGAGGGUAUACCUGUGAUGAGGGAAGUUGCUUAUGCAAAGAAUAUG